ACUCCGCUGUGGCGGAAGUAAGUCGUAUCGCGCUGGGGCCCUCAUCCUUCCAAUGGCGACUGCAAACAGGCUGAAUAGAAAGCGGGAGCAACCGUGGAGGGGGGUCAGAGCUGUGUAACCGAAAUUAAAUAAAUAUAUCCUCGUCUGUGUAGUCCUAAAGUUAGCCUUAACAUUUGUUUCACCUCUCCAAAUCGCGGCCGAAUCACAAUGGCCAAACAUCGGAACAUUUUGCUCCUUGAGUCGGAGCUCUAUUACCUGAUUUCUCGUUUCCUAACAACGGGUCCAUGUCGGAGAGCAGCUGAGGUCCUGGCGAGUGAACUGGAGGAACAUCAGCUAUUACCCGGUAGAUUGGACUGGCUGGGAAACGAGCACCCGAGAACAUACGAAGACGUGGUUGCAGCAAACAGACAUAUUUCACCAGACCAUUUGCUACAAAUAUGCAAGCAGAUCGGACCAAUUCUUGACAAAGAUGUGCCAUCAUGUGUCCCAGGAGUUCACUCCCUCCUGGGGUCCGGGAAGCAGUCAAUGCUCAGGACGGCAAAAGACUGCGACAGUGUGCGGUUCAAAGCUUCAUCAUAUGCAGCCCUUCACCGGGGCAGACCACCAGAGAGGCCUUUCAACCGCAAAAAACCUCCACACCUCGUGGAGAUCCAUCGAGGCAGAGAGCUGACAGGAGUGCAGCGCUUCAGCUCCAUCAACCCCGUCAGCAACUAUGAGCGCAUGCGGCUGCACCGGCGGAUCCUGGGCCAUCUGUCUGCAGUGUACUGUAUCGCCUUCGAUCGCACCGGUCUCAGGAUCUUCACAGGCUCAGACGACUGUUUGGUGAAGAUUUGGUCUUCGUUCGAUGGAAGGCUUCAUUCCACGCUGCGAGGACACUCCGCAGAGAUCACAGACCUGGCGGUUAAUUAUGAGAACACGCUCAUCGCCGCAGGAAGCUGUGACAAGACCAUCCGUGUGUGGUGCCUUCGUACCUGUGCCCCCGUGGCUGUGCUGCAGGGGCACAGCGGAUCCAUUACCUCCCUACAGUUCUCACCGUUUGCUAAGGGCUCAAAGCGCUACAUGCUCUCCACUGGAACUGAUGCUACCGUCUGCUUCUGGCAGUGGGACGUCAACAACAUCAACUUUAGCGAUCGGCCACACAAGUUUACAGAGCGUCCGAGGCCAGGAGUCCAGACGGUGUGCUCCUCAUUCAGCCCGGGUGGGAUGUUUUUAGUAACAGGAAGUACUGACGAUGUCAUCCGAAUAUACUACCUUGGAGGCGGGAGUCCAGAUAAGAUAUCCGAACUGCACGAGCACACGGACAAAGUUGAUAGCAUCCAAUUUUGCCACUCAGGGGAAAGGUUUGUGAGUGGGAGUCGAGAUGGAACCGCCCGGAUCUGGAAGCUCCACCUGCGGCAGCAGUGGAGGAGCCUCCUGCUCAACAUGGCCGCCACUCUGCCGGGCGUUGAACCAAUGAGUGAAGAGGAGAGCUACUUCAAACCCAAAGUCACCAUGGUAGCGUGGGACCGCCACGACAACACAGUCAUUACGGCCGUUAACAACCAUCUCCUCAAAGUGUGGAACUCCUACACAGGACAGCUGCUACACAUCCUUAAAGGCCACGAGGCCGAGGUGUUCGUCCUGGAGCCGCACCCGUUAGACCCCCGGAUCAUCCUGUCUGCCGGCCACGACGGGAACGUCUUCAUAUGGGAUCUGCUGCGAGGAACCAGCACCCAGCACUACUUCAACAUGAUUGAGGGCCAGGGACAUGGGGCCGUUUUUGACUGCAAGUUCACCCCAGAUGGUCAUCGCUUCGCCUGCACGGACUCUCAUGGCCAUCUGCUCAUCUUUGGUUUCGGCAGCUCCAAGCCGUAUGAAAAGCUUCCAGACCAGGUGUUCUUCCACACAGACUACCGGCCGCUGAUCCGGGACACCAACGGCUUCGUGCUGGACGAGCAGACGCAGCAGGCCCCCCAUCUCAUGCCCCCACCCUUCCUGGUGGACGUGGACGGAAACCCCCAUCCACCAAAGUACCAGCGUCUCGUCCCAGGCCGGGAGAACAUUUCUGCCGAACACCUGGUUCCUCAGCUGGGAUACGUCGCCACCAGUGACGGCGAGGUGGUGGAGCAGGUGAUCAGCCAGCAGACCUCAGAGCACGACGAGGCUGCGAUCAGACGCAGCACCCUGUUGGACGAGGCCAUCCGAAACCUGCAGAUCCAGCAGGACCAGCAGGGCCAGCCCGGGGAGGGGGAGGCCGCUCCGGGGGCCGCAGCAGCACCGGAGGGGCAAGCUGAGGCUCAGGGACUAUUCUUGGUACCGGCACCAAGCACCCCACGCAGAGUGUCUGUGAAUGAACGAGCGGACGUGCAGUCGCCCCCCAACGUAGGUCUGCGCCGCAGCGGGCAGGUGGAGGGGGUCCGCCAGAUGCACCAGAACGCCCCUCGCAGCCAGAUGGCCACAGAGAGGGACCUGCAGGCCUGGAGGCGCAGGGUGGUGGUGCCGGAGGUGGCGCCCAGCAGCUACAGGGAGCAGGAGAACUUUCGAACAGCCAGAGGAGAUGAGGAGAUGUCUCUGUACAACGCCAAGAAGAGACGCAUUAUCCACAGCAGCUGUCGAGACGACUCGGACGAGGAUGAAGCUGCGAGGCGAGCACACGCAGGGCUGGAGUUCAUGGACCUGUCCUGUGAGGAGGGGGAGGAGACGGCCAGUUCAGAGGAGGGCGAGUUGGAUGGCAGUGAAAUGGAUUCAUCCAAUGAUGAGGAAGAGUGGAAAAGUGACAGCUCAAGGUUGGCGGGGGACCAGAGGGCCAGGAGAGACGUGCGCCACGACAGCGACGCCGAGGAUGAUGACGAUGUCAAAAAGCCGGCGUUGCAGUCGUCUGUUGUAGCUACCUCCAAGGAGAGAACACGCCGAGACCUCAUCCAAGAUCAGACCAUCGAUGAGAGGGGCAAACAGAGGUAUCACGACAUGCCAGACGUGAUCGAUUUCCUCGUGGUGAGGCAGACUUAUGACGAGGCGCUCCGGAGAAACUGGCAACCGAACGACAGGUUCCGCUCAGUGAUAGACGACGCCUGGUGGUUUGGGAUGAUCGUCUGUCAGGAGCCAUACCAGUCCGAAUACCCCGACAGCCUCUUCCAGUGCUUCAAAGUCAGAUGGGACAACGGGGAAACAGAGAAGCUGAGUCCUUGGGAUGUGGAACCGAUUCAAGAUGACGCCCCGCAGCCGGAGCUGGAGGGAGGCGGGAUCCCCGUGACGGAGGAGGAGAUGAGGGAGCUGAUGUACAAGCCUCUGCCCGGGGAGUGGGGGGAGAGGAGCCGGGACGCCGAGUGUGAACGCAUCAUCGCCGCCAUCGACCAGCUCAUCACCGUUGAGAUCGCAGCUCCUUUCUCUGGCCCUGUGGACUUAAUCCAGUACCCCACCUACUGCACUGAGAUCGCCUAUCCCACGGACCUGGGGACCAUCCGGCUGCGUCUCCUCAACAGAUUCUACAGGCGUCUCUCAGCAUUAGUUUGGGAUGCCAGGUAUAUUGCACACAACGCCCGCACUUUCAAUGAGCCAAUGAGCAAGAUCGCCCACUCUGCAAAGAUCAUUACUAACGUCCUCCAGAAAUUUGUCAAUAAUCCGAGCUGCACAGAUAUCAUGGAGAUUUACAAUGCUGUGGAGGAGAUGGAUGAUGAGGAUGAG